AUGACUCCAGCAGAAAUGUUCAGUUAUCCUGCACCAAAUACUACACUUACUGGUACAGUUUCUCCUUCAUUGUUCAAUCUUACUCACCUUGAGUAUCUUGAUCUUAGCUUCAAUGAGCUGGACUACUCAAAAGUCCAAUAUCAGCUUUCAAAACUCAAAAAUCUUACUCACCUUGACGUCGCCAGUUCAAAUUUUUCCGGCUCGAUAUCUACACAAUUUGCCAAUGUAUCAUCUCUACGAUACCUCGAUAUCUCUGGUUAUGUUCAAACAUCUGAUCCCAGAAAUUUCGGGUAUACGGCGUCUGAAUUUCCCUUAAUCUCGUCAUCCAUAAACUGGGUUAAAGAGUUAGUCCAUCUGAGGGUACUCAGACUGAGUGGUGUUGAUUUAUCUAAGGCAACUGUCCAAAAGAAUUGGGCUAAACCAAUAUCAUUUCUUGCUGAUCUCAGAGAACUUCAUUUAUCUGCUUGUGGUAUUUCUAGCCCAAUCUUUCCGGUCCACGAGUUUCUUAAUCUUUCACGUCUAUCAACUCUGAAAAUGAAUAACAAUAAUGACUUCCAUUCUUCAAUACCAAUUCAGAUUGCUAAUCUUACUUCUCUUUCAGUUCUUGAACUAGCUGGGUGUUUUAGUUUGGAAGGAUCCAUUCCUUACCUUCCUCAGCUUCAAAGACUGGAUGUAAGAGCAAGUGUAAAUCUAUUAGUCAAUCUUACGUCCAUGUUUGAACGUCAAUGGCCAAAACUCCAAGUACUGUGGAUGACAUCAACUUAUGUAAAUAGUUCGGUUCCAAGUUCUAUUUUGAAUGCUCCGUUAUUGGUUAGUCUUAUUGCACCAGGUUGCUCCAUUAAGGGUUCGUUACCUACUUUUAUCGUGAAUCUUUCAAAAUUGGAGUAUCUUGACCUCUCUGACAACGACUUAACAGGUUAUCUUCCUUCUCUGGGCUCUAAUAUGAAGAACUUGCGAUAUCUAUCCUUGUCUAACAACAAGUUGCAAGGACCCAUACCCGAGUCAAUUUGCGAGAUUAGUUCUCUUCAGCAACUUUAUCUCUCUUCCAAUGGACUAAGCAGUACGAUUCCAAGUUGCAUCACCAAGCUACGCAAUCUCAAAUAUUUAGAUGUUAGUUCCAACUCUCUUGAAGGAAUAUUCUCAUUGAACUCUUUGAUCAAUGAAUUAAGCGUAACAGAACUAAAUUUUAACUUUAACAACAUAAUCAUAGAAAUAGAUGAACACUUCUAUCCGACAAAUUUUCAGUUGAAGAACUUACAGCUCCAAUCAUGCAAUAUGAAAGGAUUCACAAAUCUCAAUAGAUUGGAUUUGUCAAAUAACAAUCUUAUGGGAUCCAUCCCAUCUUGCCUCUUCAAGCACCAAACUCUGGAUUGUCUAGAUCUCUCGCAAAACAACCUCCAAGGAACACUACCAAAAGUUUUUCAUUUUAAUGAAGAUAAGUUCAUCCACUCAAAUUUGGCCCAGAACAAGCUCCAGGGUUCACUUCCUCUGCCAUCUAAAAAGACCAUACAUUUUGACCUGUCACAGAAUCAUUUCAGUGGCAGUAUAUCAUUCGAAGUGGGAGAACGGCUUUCAAAGUCUCGUUAUGCUUCAUUAUCAAGCAAUCAGCUAUCAGGUACAAUACCCCUCUCCUUCUGUACAAACAAUGGCUUCGAAAUGAGUUCAUGUACCAUUCAAUCUCUAAAUCUCUCCAACAACACCUUAAAUGGACGAAUACCCUCUAGUUUAGGAAACUGCAGUUCUCUCUUUUCUCUACAUCUUGGUAUGAAUAAUCUAAUCGGAAAUGCCCCAAAUGAGCUUGAACAAGCACCUAUUCAAUAUCUUAUGUUGAACGAAAACUUCCUCGAAGGUAUCUUUCCAGAAUUCAUUCAACGAUUUGAGAUGUUGACUGUUCUCACUUUGGGAAACAAUAACUAUGAAGGCAGUGUACCUACAUUUGUUGGUUCAUUUAAAUAUCUAAGGAUCCUGUCUUUAAGGUCAAACAGAUUCAAUGGAUCUAUCCCCAAAGAGAUCAGCCAUUUGGGUCGACUCCAAAUUUUAGAUCUGUCGAUGAAUAAUCUCUCUGGUUCAAUUCCAAAAAGGUUAGGAAACUUGAAGAUGCUAACAAGUAGGCCUAAUUCCUCCACGGCUGAUUUUGGAGGAGGUUGGCUUAUCUCAGACAUUCAAUUACGCAUGAGAAUCAAUGGGGUGUUACAAUAUCUCAAACGCUUAAAAGAAUACAGUUCCGGAAUGGACCUCUCAAGCCUAAUAUGGGUCAACGAGAACAGACAACGGAGACGGCAGAGGGGGUUAAUAUUGACAAAAAUGGGCCACCCGCUGCUCACAAGUGUCGCUAGAAAACCAUAA